AUGGGUGACACCCCAUUUACCAUGCAUUCGUUUUCAUUUCAAAACAAUAAUCCUUGGCAUGAUGAAAAGUUAAAAUCACCCAUCUUGUUCCAAUCAAAUGAUCUCGAUGGUCCUACCAGAGAGACCUUAAAAGUGCUGUGGCGGGACCUCAGUCAUGAUCAAAUUAUCACUGCACUGCAACAGAAAGAGCCAAACAUACAAAAACUUACCUAUCAACUUUUGCAACAACGACGUUUGGAAAGAUCGACACAUUCUACCUGUGACACAGAACAAAUGGGCCUUCCAUCGCCUCCAAACAACGGUGACACACCUUGUGAUUUCCAUCGAAAUUACUUUGAAUAUAAUGACGAUAGUGACCCUUUGCUAUCUCCACCUCCCGAGACAAACGGUUGCUUUGAUGGCGCACCACAGUUGCAGUCAAACAAUCAUCAUCACUAUGCAUCAAGAUCAUCUGACUAUUGCAGCAUCAAACCGCUCUUCCAUCACCAGCCCACCAAGACACCCAUCAUCAUCCAGCAUAUCAUUAAAAUUAGACCUCUCACGCAUCUAUCGACACCUAAUGUAGUCUCUAUCAUAGAAUCAAAAUUACAACAGCAUUCACUCUUAAUAUCUCCCUCGUCACCUGCCACCACUGUCACCUCCCUCGCCACCAACCUGAAAGCCCUUGAGAACAAGAUCACAUCAUUCUUUGCAUUUGAAAAGCCCAAACAAAAACUGCGCCAUCGAAAAGAAAAGGUAUCUACCUGUUGUACCGCUACAUCAGAAUAUGUAGCUGCUGGCAAAUUGCAUUACAUACUGUCGCAGCACUUUAAAGGCACAAUGAGCGGAUGCAUAUAUCCCGACGGCCGAGUGAUUUGGUCUGGCAAGCUAGGCCCUAUUGACAUUUGCCAUCACAAAAUGAGCUUUAUAUGCAACAUCAAAAAGGCAGCAGUUUCCCUGUACAAAAUUUCAUUCAUCAUUGAAAAGCAAGAUGUACUUCGUAUGACUCAAAUCAUGGACAUGCUGGAUCAGUAUGAACUCGACUCAAAUGCCGUUAUACAAGCAAACACUUGGACUGAAAAUAGCUGUAGCAUCUCACCGUUGUAUACAAAAGGCUGUUAA